AUGAAAUUGGGAUGGAGAAUCAUCGUAGGAACGAUUGUCGGGUUCUUCGGAGCAGCAUUUGGAAGCGUAGGUGGAGUCGGAGGAGGUGGUAUUUAUGUCCCGAUGCUGACAUUGAUCAUUGGAUUUGAUCCAAAAACUUCAGUUCCAAUAUCUAAAUGUAUGAUAACAGGAGCAGCUUUGUCAACAGUCUUUUACAACCUAAAAAGGAGACAUCCAACACUUGAUAUGCCGCUCAUCGACUAUAACUUGACACUUCUCAUGCAACCUAUGCUCCUGCUUGGUAUUAGUAUUGGUGUCAUUCUCAGUGAAAUCUUUAAUGACUGGAUGGUCACGGUUCUUCUUAUCAUAUUUUUCAUAGCUAUGUCAACAAUGUCAUUCUGCAAAGGCGUGCAAACAUGGAAGCAGGAAACCAAAUUAAAGAAGGAGGUUCAGAAGGUAGACGCCGAUCCUCGAACUGAAGAAGUACUAGAAGGCAAUCCUUUACCAAUCGACGACCCUAGUCAUAAAAGCACUCAAAAAGAGAUGAAAACGAUGGUCCCAAUCCUUGAGAACGUCCAGUGGAAGGAACUUGGUUUUCUUAUUUUUGUUUGGAUUGCAUUCCUUGUAAUACAAAUUUUUAAGUUUAAGACGGCAACUUGUUCAACAUCAUACUGGGUUUUGUCUGCGGCACAGAUCCCAGUUUCCGUUGGAGUGACGAUUUACGAGGCAAUUGGAUUGUACAAGGGAAAGAAAGUGAUUGCAUCUUUAGGAGAAAAAGGUGUGAACUGGAAGGUCUAUCAGCUAAGUUUCUUUGCUUUAGUUGGUGUAAUAGCCGGUACACUCGGUGGGCUGUUAGGUCUAGGUGGUGGCUUCAUAAUGGGUCCUCUCUUCUUAGAGCUGGGAAUUCCUCCACAGGUUUCUACUGCAACGGCAACUUUUGCCAUGUUUUCAUCUUCAUCUAUGUCUGUUGUGGAAUACUAUCUUCUCAAACGUUUUCCUGUCCCUUACGCUCUCUAUUUUUUUGCCGUGGCAACUCUAGCUGCACUAGCAGGCCAACAUGUAGUGGGAAGGAUUAUAGCGAUAUUAGGAAGGGCUUCUAUCAUAAUCUUCAUUCUGGUCUUCACAAUGAUUAUCAGUACAAUUUUACUUGGUGGUAUAGGCAUCGCAAACAUGGCCGGAAAAAUUGAGCAUAAAGAGUACAUGGGUUUUGAGAAGUUGUGUCAUUGACAAGUGACCAUGUCCCACCCUCAUGUUGUGAAAAUGAUGCUAAAAAGACCUCAGGCUUUUUACAAUGCAAGUCUUGUAAAAAUGUAAAAUGAAAAGUUGAGCCAUUUCAAUCUAAAAAAACUAAGGAAACUCUGAAACCAGAGAGAUACUACUGGCAA